AUCGUAUAUAAUGUGUGUUUGUGCGUGUUAUUAUUUUUAAUACUAUCCACGUGUAAUAGUUCUCAAAGUAAUAGUUCUGAGUUUCUAUGCCGCGCUUCUGCAAGGAGAAUGCCAACGACGCCAUUAAAAAUAGAUAUACUUGAGGACGGUGUUCGUCCGAGAGAUUGGCAGCCCCGUAGGUCGCAGUACAAGGUGCCUCUGAGAUUAUUUCGAUUAUGUUUACUGGGAAUAUUCUUUCCCGCGGUAUUGGUGGCGGGGCCAAUGUACUUGCGAUAUCGCGUCUAUUCUGAGCAACUAUACCCUUUAACCGUCUCCGAUCAGAGGCUUAUCGACGCGAAAGUGUCUACUACGUGGUGUCAGAGUCAGGUGAUCAAAGUAAACGCGACGUUUAACGCCUAUCUGAUGAACGACGAACCGAAAGUGGAAAACGAGUUUCUACCUGUUUCUAUGACGAGACAUUUGAUUCUAGAGGACGACAUGAAAGAAUAUUGGGGCUUUUAUCUUCUUCGUGGUAGCAGCGUCACCGUUUCCACCUGCGUCAGAUGGCCCGGUGCUUCGUUAACCAUGAUCCGUGGUCAUAAACAUCUUCACGAGUGUGCCUUCAUCGGUGACGACAGUAGCGAGGAAUUGGAAGAACUUCUGGAAGUUGCCAAAGAGACCGGUUUUCUUGCAGUGAACGGAUCGCUCGAGAGCGAAAGUCCUAGCAACGAGCCAGAGAAGAUGAAGAGAGCGCAGCAAGGGGUACAGUUUCAUCACAAGGACCACGCUGAUCUAUUAAACAGCUCCAGGCACACGAUGAACACCAUGCAUCAUUACAACAGUCACGAAUUGGACGCGAAGACUAUGAAGGUGAUUCUUACGGAACUGUUCGCCAAAACGCUCGACACGAAGAAGAAACAGAAGGAGAAUCCGCAUCAUCAUUACGAAGGAACGUUCGUGGAGGCGGAUAAUAUCGACAAACCACCUACCCAAUACCUCCAAGACGAUACGCAGGCAGCCAGAAAUAAAUUAAUGGAAAAUAGAUUGAUAAGAACGUUCGAAGAAGUCUUGAAGAAGCAAAACGUGGCAAGUGUCGCGAACGACACGGGAGAAUUGGUAGAGAAACACGGGACGCUCAAGUAUGGCGAUGUUCUGCUAAAUCGGACGAGUGAAGAGAGGACGACGGUGAAGCCUGUGGGAAAAAACGAGAAAGCAGGAGCCACGUCCGCGGAGGUGUUUCGAGAUGUGUUGGACAAAAUCACUUCUUUGGGUCAUCGGGGCAAGAAGAUACUCAGGAGACUGAUGAACGAAAUUGAGAAGAAAGGCCCUGAGGGAGAAGCGUUACGACAGGCAGUGAACAAGACGAUGAAUGAUCAGAAACUCUCGGAUGCCGAGAAACGCAGGAGACGAAGAGACUUAGUUCUGUCUUCGCCCCUUCGUAAGGAAUUGACGGAGGAAGAUGAAGACGACGAUGCUGCCAUAGAAGAGGAUAUGUUGCACCCAGAUGGCAUAGCCGAGGAUAGAGGAACCGUGAACGAGACGACGUUGAAUGACAGAAGCAACUCCGAAUUCUGGAGUUCAUUUAGCAGCUCCGAGGAACGGCUAUUGGACUGCAAGGGAUUAAUUUUGAAUUUGCCUCUAACGCCGCAUCGACAUUGUACUCCGAAACACGAGAGCGAACAUUCGGCCGCCUCGUUUGCCAAUACAGUUACGUACAGAGUACCUAUGAACGGAUAUUACUUUUUCGUUUUUAAUUCCGAAAACGAGAUUCAGCCGAAUUAUCUGCGGGUGCGUUUCGAUCUUCUGAAGACCGUCUACGAUACCUCAAAUCCGGUACACGCUUGCAAGAACAGCACGAGAGAAUGUUCUUUGCCCUUCAAGAUCUUCAGCAAUGAGAAAGCAGUCCUGGAAUUGCCGCUGAAUGGCAACGACUCACAAUGGAACGAGGAAUACGUGGUGGUGUCCGUGUGCGAGCCUAGAACGUCUAUUUACUUGUUAUGUAUCAUAUCGGUUCCGUUGUUCAUCCUUAUAUUUGCGUUUUACUGACAACACGAUGAAUCCGUAUCAGGGAAAUCAGACAGUAUUUUGAUCUCGCUGAAAAUGCUCACUUGUAAAUAUUUUUUUAAGUUUAAACGGGGAAUCGAAACGGGGAGUGACAAACCAUUGUCACGGUAGCGAUAAAGCGACAGUAUUUUCAACCUUUCGUUGGUAGUCGCGAAUGUAACGUUAUGUUUGUGAUAGUCUUCGAUCAAGUUCUAAAAGGAAACCUCGUAUGAUAAAAAGCGACAUAUGCGCUGAAACAUUCGAAAAUAUCUAUAAUUCGAUUGCGAAUUUUGAUAUGCUUGUAGAAAAUUUUAAAGCACAAUAUAAAAUAUAUAGUAGUUCAUUGUAAUACUACAAUUUCAGGGAAACGAUUGUUUACAUAGAUUUUAUUUUAUUUUUGCUUGAAUUUAUGUAAAUGUCUAAUUGCCUGUAAUUCAACGUACCAGUAUAAUUUUACGUUAAAGAUACAUGUGAUAUAAAGGUGGCUAAUCAAUUGUUUACUGCAAUUAACAUAGACGCUUGUUAAUAUUGCUUGACAUUUUUAUAAUUGUAUAUAUAUAUAUUAUAUUUUUAUAAUAUAUAUAUAUAAUAAUA